AUGUCUGAGAUGGAAAAUUUAUUAGAUAUGCAAAAUUCACCAAAUGGUGGUAAGGAUCCUGCCAUUAAUCUUGUUAAGGAAGUGGAGGUCGUUGUUGAAGAAAAUGGAGAAGGCAAGCAAUCCAAGAUAAAUAAUAAGUGUCAGAAUGCAGUAAUAGACAAGAAAACUCUCCCUAAAACACAAAUAGACAGUAUGACUUCUAAUUCAACUUGCAACACAAUCGAGGAUCUUGUUUGUAUUGAAGGUCAGGAUCAGAAAUUGAAAAGUUCCAACUCAAUAGAAAAUGAAGCUGGAAAAAUAGAUACAAAACACCUUUCUGAUGAAAGUAAAGCUGAUUUAGAAGAAAAAGGAAUAAAAGAACAUUCAGAAGAUAAAUCAGUUGAAAGUGUAUUAAUUUCAUCCUUCAAAUGCACAUCAGUUACUGAAAAUGAGAAAAAGGAAACCACAUAUCAAGGAGAAAAAAUAGCAGAAAACAGCUGUGAGAAAAUUGAUGUAGAAGAAGAGGAACUGAAAAAAGGAUCUGACCUUAAAAAAUAUUGCCAUAAAGAAGAGAAAGGGAAAAAGUCAACAGUAGAAGUUAUAGACAUUGAUGAUGACAGUGAUGUUGAUGAUGACUAUAUUAUUGUCAGUUUUGACUCUGAUGAGGAAGAUAGUGAGAAUAAUGUAAAAGAAGAUGUUUCUUCAAAAGAACAUGAGAGCCAACCAAAAACAGGUUUGAUGUUAAGAAAUAGCAAUGAAAUGACUUGUGAGUUCAAUGGAUUAGAGUCAAGUUCUGUAUCUGAAGUUUCCUUCUCAGAUGAUGCUAUUGAACCUGUAGAAAACAUAAAGGAAAUGACAGCUAAGCAUGAAUGCAAUGUAAUAGCAGAUGCUAAAAAGUACUCUACCAUAAAUGAAGCAGAGGGAAUUUCAGGAGAAAGAAAAAGUAAUUUCAAUGAAAUUAAAGAUUUGAAAAAAAUACAGCUUUUAUCAGAAAUGAAAAAGGAAGAAAGAGCUUGCUUGAGUGAUGCUCAAGCAGUAUAUGAUGAUCAUCAACCAAUUGUUGGAAAACAUGCCCAAAGCACACCAUCGCCAAAAACAGAUGAAUUAAAUCAAACUACCAUUCAGACAUUAAUCAAUCAGCUAGGAUUAAAAUCUGAAGUGAAGACAAUUACAAACGAAGAUGGUAGUGAGAAGCUGGAAGUCCAUUUUGUUAUGGAUGAGAAGAUCAAUCUCAAGGAACUUGAUAUCCCUGUGACUCCUACUUCUGCAUCUUUGACAAAAAUCUCCUUUGAUGAAGUUUCUAGUACAAUGUCUGAUGAUGUGGAAUUUUUGACAAAGGAAGUGAUAUCAGCUCAAAAUAACAUAGCUCAAGAAAUUCAACAACCAGAGAAGAGUGAGAAUAGUGCAUCUCAGAGUACAGAAAAAGUUGCAGAACAAAAUGUCAGCACUAUUGAAAAACCAGCAUUGAGAUCAGAAAAAUAUUCUGAAGUUGGUACUCUCUCAGUUUCAACAUUUGGAGAUGGUAUAAGAAAAAAACCAAACCAAGAGGAAGACAACAGCAAAAAUGAAAAAUGUGAUGAAGUUGAAGAUGUUGCUUCUUCAGAUGUAAUUUGCUUAUCGUCUGAUGAAGAGGAGGAAAUUGGUAUCCUUCCAGCUGCUAGGAUCAUUCAUCAAGAGAUCAUUGUAAUACCAGAUGAAGUGUCAACAGAAGUCAACAAACCACCAAAUGAAGUAAAACGGAAAGCACUUGGAAAAAAAUCCAUUGGAGAUCAGGCCUCGGAGGAAACAACUAAUCCAAGCGAUCAAACAGCUGUAAAUUCCAAAUAUUUUUCAUUACAACAAGUUUCUGUGAAAGAACAGAGUUCGCAAAAAAAUCAGGAAUCACAUGUUACUGUUCCAUUAUCAACAUUACAGAAAGUAACUGAUUUUGUAGUAAGAAGACAGUCUGAAAUAUCAAAUUCAAUACAACAAGUUUCUGUGAAAAAACGGAGAUCACAAAAAUAUCAGGAAUCACAUGUUACUGUUCCAUUAUCAACAUUACAGAAAGUAACUGAUUUUGUAGUAAGAAGACAGUCUGAAAUAUCAAAUUCAAAUUUGCAUACCCAAAGAGACAUACAUCCUCUCUCAGACAACCAGUCAGCAAUGAUGUCAACUAUUUUAGAGAACCAGCCAUCUUCAUCAGCAAGCCAGUCUCACUUGCCAAGUCCAUUGAAUGCCAUUAAUCUGGAUCCAAAGGAUACCACAUAUACUUGUUACAUAUGCAGUAAAAGAUUUUUCAAGCCUGAGCUUAUUCAGCAGCAUCUAAGGAGAGUUCACUCGUAUUAUUCCAGGGCGAUCUCCUCUGAUUUAUUAGAAGGGUUCUUCUGCUGUCAUUGUAAAGAAAAAUUUGCAUCUUUCCAUGAGCUAUCAAUUCAUGAGAAAACUGUUCAUGGUUUCAAGUUUUCUUGCCCGCUAUGUGGAAUACUCCAGAAAAAUAACCAUCUUCUUAUGAAUCAUGUUAUUGACCAUCUCUCACCAUGGGUUCUAUGUUGUUUGCUUUGUAACCAAGAAUUCAAGCAGGAUACAGAAUUUGUGGAACAUGUUGCUCUACAACAUAAGAAUAAAAAACUGAAUGGAGCAAAACGCUUAAAAUGCUGUAUUUGUAAUCAGAUUUUUGCGCAUUUAGAGACAUUUUAUGGCCAUCUUGCACGUGCUCAUAAAAGACUUUUUGAAUAUUCUUGUAGAGUAUGUCUUCAACGAUUUUUUACACAGAGUGCACUUAAGGUCCACAGAAGUUCUUUAGAUAACACUCUGGGUGGCUCAAGAGUGAAAAUAGCGGAAGAACUCUCGAUUGACACUAGUUUGUUAGAGGUUAAAGUGGAUAAGUACAUCUUUUUGAGAGACGAUCACCGUCGGUAUUUAUGUAAGCGAGACAGCCCAUCAAAUAAUACAUCAUUUACAGCUAAGGAAAUGGGACAAGAUUCAUUGGACAGAAGCAAUUCAAACUCGACACUAACAAAUGAAGGAACUUUGUAUCAUACUGUAGUAUCAACAACAGAAAAGAAAGGGGAAAAUGAAUAUCACAAUUUGAAACAAUCAGCAGUCAAUUGUGAAACAAAGAAAGAUAGAAUUUUAAAUAAUUUGCCAAAUACAGACGUUGCAAAGAACAGUCAAAAAAUUACUAUUGAACACAAGUCUGUCAAAGAAUGCCAAGAAAAGAAAGAGGAGUAUGGUCAGUUUGAAAAAGGACAGGCUAUUCAAAAUUUGAUGAUAGUUCAACCAAACAUAGGAGAUUCUGUUGGUCUAAAACGGAAACUGUCAGAGAAAAAAUGCUCUGCAGUUGCUGAUUCAGGCAAUGGAGAUGAAGAUAUGCAGACACGGACUCCACACAAGCGGAUGAGGCUUGAUCCACACAACCAUAUAAUGGCAGGAAUGAAUGGUUGCUCAGAGGUAGUUCGUGAGUCUAAUAUCCAAAGCAAUGGAGAUAAGAAAAAAUCUGGCGCAUAUUGUAAAGAUAUUCUAGAUAGAAUCCCUAAUACUGUUUGUGAUCUCAUAGAUCAGGAAGUAAGGAAAAUGCAUAGAAAUUCAAACAGUAUUGAAGAGAUGAAAAAUAAACUUCAUGUUACAGAGCCACUAAAGGAAUCAAAAGCAGAUCAUAUUCCAAAAGAACUGGAAAAUUCGACAACUGGUACAGAUAUGUUCUUCAAAAAAGUUAAAGAUAAAAGGUCAGAUAGUCCGUCUCGAAGCAGUUUUAAGUUACAAAAGCCAAUAUUAGCUCCGAAAGAAGACAGAGAAAAUAAUUCAGGGUAUAAUGACAUCGACAGUUCAAGAAAAAAUACAAGUGUUCUAGGUUUGGAAGUUAAAGACAAAGUUGACAGUUUGGAAGAGAAAAAUGAAACAUCUUAUGGGCUAAUAUCUCCAAGUUUCAGUAUUUCUUACAACAAGGAAAGCAAUCAAGAAAUGCCAGUCCAUCCUUUGCAAAAGACAAGAACUCCAAAGGAAAGAAGUGUGCAUGCUAGUUCAUCAAAGACUAAUAGCUUAUCUAAAUCAGUCGAAGUAGAAGAAGUUAUAUCAGAUCUGAUAAGCUUUUGUAAAAGGCCCAACACUUUAACACAAGUUCCAUCAAAUGAAGAACACUCAAAGGUCAUGGUUUCCAUUUCUUCUGAAAGUAAUGAAAUUACUGACAUGGAAACAAAAGAAAUUGUGAGUACUGGUACCGUAUUGCAAAGCGGUAUUAAAAAUUACAAUGAUUUAGUGAAGGUUGCCAACACAGAAUUGAAUCUGGAAGGUGACAGCUGCCGUAAUACCUUGAAGAGCUCAUCAUCUCCUGUAGAGUUGAAAAAUGGAGAAGUGUCUAGUAAUCAGUUGACCACUACAUUGGAUUUUAAAAAAUCUCAAAAUUCUCUUGAAGGCAAAUCGGUACUAACUGUACAAAAAACCAGCCCUUCACUGUUAAUGAACAACUGGAGGGAGACUUUAGAGAAUGAGAAAGGGAAGUCAAUUCUUUUUAUGCAUCCAGAUUUGAGGGACUUUAUCAAACUUACAAAAUGUAGAUCAUCUCCCCAUAUUUUGGCAAAAGUUAAUAAACUUUUGCACAAGCAAAAACCUGUUCAAAAUUUAUUUGAAAAAGGUUCUCCAAGUGAAGAAAACGACUGCAUUCGCAUAGGUGACCGAAAAAAUUUAUUCGCUGAUAUUAAAAUUACUUUAGAAGCAUUCGAGUGUAUGUCACCACAUAAUGAAAUUAAUUCUACUGAUUCUGAAAGCCACAAAAAAAUAUCCAAAACAACCAAUACAAAUGUUCAAUCUAGAAAAAGCCCAGUUACGUCUGUCGAUUCGAAGGAAUUUACUUCACAGAAGCAGAGCUUGUAUGUUUAUAACCAAAGUGACCUUGACAAUGCAGUGAAACGAUUGAGUUCAGUUGUAAAAGCUAUUUCAAAACGAAAACUAGAGGAAUAUGAUCCACCAGAUUCUAGUGAAGAGCAGGCUAAAGAAAACAAGCAGAAACAUUUGAAAAUGACAUGACGUGUAUGUUUCUAAAACCGGAAAGUUAUUAACAGAUAUUGAUCAACCUGAGUCUUCUUCAAAAACUACUUCUGAGAUUCCUACAAAUACUGUCAUGUGUAAUAACCAAGAAAACGGAAAGUCCAACAUUUCCUAAAAGUAUCCUAAAACUAUGUCAAGUCUAUAACAUAGUACAAUUGUUACAUGUUCUUUGUAAUAAGAAAACUAAUGCAUAUUUUGUAGUUAAGGAGAAUGUGUAAUUUAGAAAUAUGACAUGUAUGAAAUGAAUAAGAGAAAUGAGGGAAAAUGUCAUAACAUUUAAAUCAGUUGCUUUAAAUACAAAUUGUAUGUGUUAAAUCUGUUGUUUUAAAAUACAUAUCAACAUAAAAUGUGAAAUGAAUGGGGUUUUUUUAUUGCUGGUUUAUUCUUUUUAUUUGUUAUUCAUGUAUCAGGGAUAUUAGUGAUUAGUUACUGGAAUUCACAGAGAUUUCAUUUUAUGAUUAUAUUUCUAUAUUAAAAAUAAAAUUCAAAUUUUAA